AUGCUCUGGGUUGCACGCUAUGCCCCGGGAUUACUACACUGGUGGUUGACUCAGAAAUUGUUCCCCUCAUCUUCUGUCCUUGACCGAAACCCUGCAUUUUUCAGCACAAAGGACUUGGAGGUCUUGAAGAACACACCAGGAUAUCAAUUGCUGAGCCGGAACCAGCUACAGAAGCAAGAUGUUUUCGACUCUCUUCGCCGUGACUUCAUCGUGGCUUUUGGCAAGUGGGACUUUGACCCACUGGAUCUAAGCAACCCAUAUCCUCAAAAUGAAAGCCCUGUUCACAUCUGGCAAGGUUAUGAAGACAAGGUUGUGCCUGUUCAGUUGCAAAGAUAUGUUUCGGGAAAGCUACCCUGGAUUCGGUAUCAUGAAAUUCCUGAGAGUGGACAUUUCGUUGUAUACGAUGGUGAUGUAUGUGAAGCCAUUUUAAGGUCUCUUUUGCUUGGAGAAGAUUCUCCACUGUACAGACCUCAAUUGGCCAACUAA